ACAAAUACAAUUUGAUUUGAGAAGUGUUGCACACCCCUAUAGCCAUAUUAACCAAAGAAUGAUGUUAUACAAAAAGUCUACAUUUUCUAAUUUCAGUAAUACAGAGCACCUGUCCAAAAUAAAAUCACAGUUUAUCAUUUUGUGAUCCUAGAUGGGCACCUGUUCAAAAAAAAAACGGCACACUGCGCUUUCCGUAGCCAGACGUUUUGGGGGUGGGAACCAACGCAAAGGCAAAGGGGUCAGGAGGAGGAGAAACCACGUGUUUUCCAUGUCCAGCUUUGACUGUCCUUCCUAUGUAGACUUGUUUUUAUAAGAUCGUACCCUCUGCAUGUAACUGGCUAGCCCGUUAGCUAAGAAGAAGCAUUUCACAGAUUAACAUAGCAAUUUUGAGCAACAGAUUUCUGUUGCCACCUUUAAGCUAACUAGCUGCCAAACUGACUGCCAAAUAAUGGUGAGCAAGACGGAUGACAUCCAGGCGUCAGUACCCAACUGUAAUGUUAACACAGUUGAUCUUGCAGAAGGAGAGACGCCAGACCACCAAGAGACCAAGGCACCAAACAAGGAUCCUUGUGCGUGUGGGCACAGUGCAAGCACAGUGGUGAUGAAUGGGGGCAGGGCCCACUAUCAUUCGGAGGAGGAGUCCAAGCAGGAUGGCGGUGGUGACAUGGACGGUGGGGAGGAUUCUAACGAACAGGAAGUGAUUGUGAUUCAGGAUACAGGUUUCACCGUGAAAAUCCAGGCACCCGGGACGGAGCCUUUUGACCUCCAGGUUUCACCCCAGGAGAUGGUGCAGGAGAUCCACCAGGUGUUGAUGGACCGUGAGGACACCUGUCAUCGUACCUGUUUCUCCCUGCAGCUGGACGGCAACGUGCUGGAUAACUUUGCUGAGCUCAAAUCCAUCGAGGGCCUGCAGGAGGGCUCCCUUCUCAAAGUAGUGGAAGAGCCCUACACAGUGCGCGAGGCCCGUAUCCAUGUGCGUCAUAUCAGAGACCUGCUGAAAAGCCUGGACCCAUCUGAUGCCUACAAUGGAGUGGACUGCAACUCUCUCUCCUUCCUCAGUGUCUUCACCGACGGGGACCUAGGAGACAGUGGUAAGCGGAAGAAGAAGGGCAGUGAUCUGGAGCAGAUAGACUGUACCCCUCCAGAACACAUCCUACCUGGCAGCAAAGAACGCCCCCUGGUGCCCCUCCAGCCACAGAACAAGGACUGGAAGGUAAUAAUGACGCCCAUGCAGUGCCUGAAGGUCCUGACUAUGAGUGGCUGGAACCCCCCCCCUGGCAACAGGAAGAUGCAUGGUGAUCUGAUGUACCUGUAUAUGGUGACUGUUGAGGAGAGACACAUCAGUAUCACCGCCUCCACACGUGGCUUCUACCUCAACCAGUCAACCACCUACACCUUCAACCCCAAGCCAGCCAACCCCAGCUUCCUGAGCCACUCGUUGGUUGAGCUGCUGAGCCAGAUUAGCCCUGCCUUCAAAAAGAACUUCACUGUCCUGCAGAAGACAAGGGUCCAGCGGCAUCCGUUUGAAAGGAUAGCCACACCCUUCCAGGUGUACAGUUGGACCGCCCCCCAGGUGGACCACACCAUGGACUGUGUCAGAGCUGAGGACGCUUACACCUCCCGUCUGGGCUACGAGGAACACAUACCUGGACAGACGCGAGACUGGAAUGAGGAGUUGCAGACGACCAGAGAGCUGGCCCGGAAGAACCUGCCUGAACGCCUGCUGAGAGAGAGGGCCAUCUUCAAGGUCCACAGUGACUUUGCGGCUGCUGCCACUCGCGGUUCCAUGGCGGUGAUCGACGGCAACGUGAUGGCCAUCAAUCCUGGUGAGGAGACGCGUAUGCAGAUGUUUAUCUGGAACAACAUCUUUUUCUCUCUGGGCUUCGACGUCCGCGACCACUACCGUGAGCUGGGCGGAGACGCUGCCGCGCACGCUGCACCCACCAAUGACCUCAACGGUGUCCGGGCUUAUGGGGCCGUAGACGUGGAGGGGCUGUACACCCUGGGGACAGUGGUGGUGGAUUAUCGUGGUUACCGUGUCACGGCCCAGUCGAUCAUCCCUGGCAUUCUGGAGAGAGAGCAGGAGCAGAGCGUUAUCUAUGGGUCUAUCGACUUUGGGAAGACAGUGGUGUCUCAUGGGAAGUACCUGGAGCUUCUGGAGAGGACCAGUCGACCACUCAAGGUCCAGAGACACAAUGUGCUGAAUGAGAAGGAUGAGUCCGUGGAGCUGUGUUCCUCUGUUGAGUGUAAGGGCAUAAUUGGCAACGAUGGACGCCACUACAUCCUGGACCUUCUGAGGACUUUCCCCCCUGACCUGAACUUCCUGCCUGUGGAAGGGGAGGAGCUUUCCCCUGAGAGUGUGAGGCAUGGUUUCCCCCGCCAGCACCGCCACCGUCUGGCCUGCCUCCGACAGGAGCUCAUUGAGGCCUUCGUCGAGCACAGAUACCUCCUCUUCAUGAAGAUGGCAGCACUCCAGCUGAUGCAGCAGAAAGCUAACAAGGAGAGCAAGAUGGCCACCCUGACAGAGAAUAGCAGCCCCGAGGCAGCCGUUCCAGCCCUACCCUCCACGGAGAACCCUGAUGCUUCAGCCAAGUCCUCAGAAACUUCCACAGAAACCCUCACUGACGGCAAGUCAGACGCAGUCCAGAUAGAGACCACCUCCACCUCUGAUGCCCCUCAGCCAGCAGCAACAGAAGCCACCACCAUAGGAGCAGCCCCCAAGGCAGAACAAACAACAGAAACGGACAGUCCCUCUGCUGCAGCAACAACCAUUAAUGCCUCCCAGGCAACCCCUACAGAGGAUAAUGUGGUUCCCACGGUGACCACCAAUGGGCCAUUGGUGCCCGUUGCCACAGCGAUUCAGAAUGGGGAGUGCGAGAGCCCUCUGGAGGGUAAGGCUGAGGAUAGUAUCCCGGGCUUAGCCCAGGCCAAAGAGCUGGCUGAGUCCUUAGCCGCAGAAGAUGGAUCCGGUAUCGACCCUAAAAGCCGUGAGGUUGUCCUCAACGCCUGCAAGGCCGUGGGUUCCAUCAGCAACACCUCCUUCGACAUCCGCUUCAACCCAGACAUCUUUUCUCCAGGAGUGCGUUUCCCUGAGGACAGUGUGGAUGAYAUUCAGAAACAGAAGCAGCUGUUGAAGGAUGCUGCAGCCUUCCUGGUGUCCUGUCAGAUCCCCUCUCUGGUGAAGGACUGUCUGGACCACAGUGCUCUGCCUAUGGAUGGAGCCACACUGACUGAGGCUCUGCACCAGAGGGGCAUCAAUGUKCGUUACCUAGGCAACGUGCUGGAGUUUGUGGACAAGACCCCAGCCAAGGCACAGCUGGAGCACUUCUAUAGAAUAGGUAUCAGCGAGUUGAUCACCAGAUGUGCGAAACAUAUCUUCAAGACAUACCUCCAGACUAUGUACUCCAUCUCCCAGGGUGUGGAGUUGUCGGCCCUCUCAGCCGCUGUCAGCCACUUCCUCAACUGCUUCCUGUCCUCCUUCCCUGAUGCCGUGGCACACCUGCCUGCCGACGAGCUCGUGUCGCGCCGCAAGAACCGUAAACGCCGUAACCGAGUCCCGGGGGGAGGGGACAACACGGCRUGGGCCAGCCUGACACCCAGYGAGCUGUGGAAGAACAUAGUCUCUGAGGCCCAGAGCUACUACAACUUCACCCUGCACUGCGAGAAUGCUGACCAGGUAGUGGAGAAAUACGCCCUUCAGAAGAUCACCCUGCUCAGAGAAAUCUCCAUCAAAGCUGGCAUCCAGAUCCUGAUAAAGGAGUAUAACUUUGACAGUCGCCACAAGCCUGCCUUCACAGAGGAGGACAUCCUUAACAUCUUCCCUGUGGUGAAGCACGUCAACCCCAAGGCCUCCGAUGCCUUCCACUUCUUCCAGAGUGGACAGGCCAAGGUCCAGCAAGGUUACCUUAAGGAGGGCUGUGAGUUGAUCAACGAGGCUUUGAACCUGUUCAACAACGUGUACGGGGCCAUGCACGUGGAGAUCUGUGCCUGCCUGCGUCUGCUGGCUCGCCUUAACUACAUCAUGGGAGACCACCAUGAGGCUCUCAGUAACCAACAGAAGGCUGUCUUGAUGAGUGAGAGGGUGCUGGGCGUCGAGCACCCYAACACUAUCCAGGAAUAUAUGCACUUGGCUCUGUACUGCUUUGCCAACGGUCAGCUGUCCACUGCCCUGAAGCUGCUGUAUCGUGCCCGCUACCUCAUGCUGAUGGUGUGUGGGGAGGACCACCCUGAGAUGGCGCUGCUAGACAGUAACAUUGGCCUGGUGCUGCAUGGAGUAAUGGAGUACGACCUGUCUCUGAGGUUCCUGGAGAACGCCUUGGCCAUCAACUCCAAAUACCACGGACCCCGCUCCCUCAAAGUAGCMCUCAGUCAUCAUCUGGUUGCGAGGGUUUACGAGAGCAAGGCGGAGUUCCGCUCUGCGCUCCAGCACGAAAAGGAGGGCUACACCAUCUACAAAAACCAGGUGGGAGAGGCCCACGAGAAGACUAAAGAGAGCUCAGAGUACCUGAAGUACCUCACACAGCAGGCUGUGGCUUUGCAGAGAACCAUGAACGAGAUCUACAAGAACGGCUCCAACGCCAGCAUCAUGCCACUCAAGUUCACAGCACCCAGUAUGGCCAGUGUUCUGGAACAGCUCAAUAUUAUCAACGGCAUCAUCUUUAUACCACUCAGCCAAAAGGACUUGGAGAACCUGAAGGCGGAGGUUCAGCGGCGGCAGCAGCUUCAGGAGUCAGGAAAAAGCUUGGAGGAKCUCACUGUGGAUGGUCCACUAGAGCUGGAGGACAAAAUGCCCAUGGAUGUUAAUGUUGAUUAAUGUCAAACCCUMCACACCACACUACUUUCUACAAGGAAACAGAUGUGAUGCAACAGCCAUCUCCUUGAAUGAGCAUGUGGACCUGAGAACUGAGCUGUCUAAAAAUUAACAAUGAAAACAAGAAGGGUGAAGGGUUGUUAGGGGCAGUCAAAGAGAAACAUCUAUGUAUACAGUAGGUAGAGUGUUUUAUAAGAGGAGCUUCAAGGAGUAACAGAGCAAGAGUUACAGUAUAUACAGGGGUAGGAGAAUUUAAUAAAAAAGAGAAUAUAGAAUCCAUGUUCAAUCUGAAAGCCCGUAGCCUUGAGCUUUGGUAAAGAAACAGAAGGAGUAAGUGUGUGUGUGGCUGUGUGUGAAAGCGACCAAGGACGACCAUGACAUUGUAUUACCAGAGCCUUAUCCACUGUUCAUCCCACWYCACAUCAACCAACUGUUCCCUUUACCCUCUUCAACUUUUAGCCGAAGGACCACGGUUUACCCCUGCAACAACUCCAAUACUCCUAAGAGAGCCACCGAGGCGACUAGGGCUUCUGGUUUCACCAUGGCCCCAAGUUGCCUCGAAAUAACAACUGACACCCUGUCCCAAAACUCAGGGGAUAAUUAUUAUAAUUUUUUUUUUUACUGUGAACUAGAUCAGACUAAGAAACAGUAAUUAAAAUUAACAGCGAAUUCUGUUGGGCUACAGAUUGGAAGUUCUCUUCUCGUGCGUUUAGUAUUGUUAAACCUCACCUCCAGGCAUCCAUUUACUCGCUAGUGUUCCCUACGGUCAGUCAAACUAUUUGUAUUUCUAUUUAUCCCAGGUGGGUGGCUGUUGUGUCCUUUGGUUCUAUCACAGCAAUGAAACAGUGUGCUCUCAACCAAUCUUUUAGAAUGAUUUGUUACACCUUUUUUCUGUAAAAAUGUAUCUUUUUGUAAAAUCAAAAUGAAAGGGRGAGAAGAGAUUU